AUCGUUAAAUUUCCUGAGAAUCGGCGACCUUACUUUUUCUCCCGUAAUUUCUCAUCGCCCCCUCUCGGCGCCGCCUCUCUCCUCCGAACAACUCGCGCAGCGCCGCCUCUCUCCUCCGAGUUCUCGCCGCCGCCUUUCUCCUCCGAACAACUCACCUCUCUCGGCGCCGCCUCUCUCCUCCAAACAACGUUCGGCCUCCUAGAUCACUCAGCAUCCUUUCCGUCAGCGCCGGCGAUAGGUCACUCGGAAUUAGAUUGCCAGAUUUUAGUAAUUUGUUGAUUGAUAAUUUCUAUUUGAACGAGCCAUUAUGGAGGGUGAUAAGAAAGUUAUGGAUAUUGAUACAAUGACCACCAUUUUAGAAGCAGAAGUGGGCACUGCUGGAGGAUUGUGCAUGCCUCAUAAGGAAAGACCAAUUUAUAGACCUCCUGAGAGAAAAUCUUCUUUAGGAUUGGAUGUUCUUGCAAAUGCAAAAAGAGAGAAACAGGACACAUGUUUUAAAGUUCCUAUUCAGAGGAAGGUAAUGACCUUCGAUUCUAUUGAUGAAGAUGAGAAGAUUGGUUCUUUUGGGAUUGAAGAUUCUGCAGAUGAUUCAUCUUGUGGCACACAUGGACAUGCCAUGCGGCGGUAUCGUGGAUCUUUUACUGAGGACAAUUCACUUUCUGAGUCCACUAUAUGCGAUGAUGGGGGCAGCCAAAAUUCUCAUUCACAACAAGCAAAUGAGUCUCGAAAUCUCGAGGUUUCUACAUCAAGAAGCUCAACAAGCAUCGACUCUCGCAGCCCAGAUAAUUAUGAGAGGAACAAGAAACAAAAAUAUCGUACUAGUGAACAUGGUGGAAGACACGAACAUGGUAGAUCCAGGCACUAUAACGAUUCUAGCAGGAAGCGGAGUCGUUAUGAUCACACCUCUAGAACUCCUGCUAGGUCAGACUGGGAUGAUACCCCAAGGCGAAGUUCUCAGGACACUUACUCUUUGUCUAGUAGGCACCGACCUUCUCCAUCUCCAAUGUUAGCAGGUGCCUCACCUGAUGCACGACUUGUGUCUCCAUGGCUGGAUACUUCACCUCGUUCCACAGCUUCUCCAUGGGACAGCAUAGCUCCCUCUCCGACGCCGAUACGUGCCUCUGGAUCUUCAAGAAGUUCUGGUUCAUAUCAAAGAGGGAAGCAUCAUCUACAUGUUAGUGGUGUUGCAGGUCACGAGGAUAAUGAAGCUGCUGAGAACUCGUUGACAACUUUUAAGUCUUCUGAUAUUACUGAGGAAAUGCAGCAGGAGAUGGAUUAUGAUGCAGAUCGUGCAUGGUAUGAUAGAGAAGAGCAUAGCACAAUGUACGAUGCUGAUAACUCAUCUUUGUUUGGUGGGGAUGAUGCUUCUUAUCAGAAGAAAGAAGCAACGCUCACAAAGAAACUGACUCGCAAGGAUGGAACUUUAAUGACUCUUGCUCAAAGUAAGAAAAUGUCACAACUAACUGCCGAUAAUGCUCAAUGGGAGGAUCGGCAGCUGUUGAGAUCUGGAGCUGUUAGAGGGACAGAGGUUUUGAUGGAUUUUGACGAUGAGGAUGAGCGCAAAAUCAUACUUUUAGUUCAUGAUACAAAGCCUCCUUUCCUUGAUGGAAGAGUAGUGUUCACUAAACAGGCAGAACCAGUAAUGCCUAUAAAGGAUCCAACAUCAGACAUGGCCAUAAUUGCACGCAAAGGUUCUGUUCUUGUUAGAGAGAUUCAUGAAAAACAGAGUAUGAAUAAAUCACGUCAGCGAUUUUGGGAGCUGGCUGGAUCAAAACUUGGAGAAAUUUUAGGGGUCCAGAAGACGGCUGAGCAGAUUGAUGCAGAUACUGCAGUGGUAGGAGAAGAGGGUGAAGUGGAUUUUAAGGAGGAUGCCAAGUUUGCUAGACAUAUGAAAGAAAAAGGUGAAGCAGUGAGUGAAUUUGCCAAGUCAAAGUCCCUUUCACAACAACGCCAAUAUCUUCCAAUAUAUUCUGUGCGUGAUGAGCUAUUGCAGGUUGUUCGUGAAAAUCAGGUUAUAGUGGUAGUUGGUGAGACUGGUUCAGGAAAGACAACACAAUUGACCCAGUACUUAUAUGAAGAUGGUUAUACAACUGGCGGUAUCAUUGGUUGCACACAACCAAGGCGAGUGGCAGCAAUGAGUGUUGCAAAGCGAGUGAGCGAGGAGAUGGAGACAGAGUUGGGUGAUAAAGUUGGUUAUGCUAUAAGAUUUGAGGAUGUAACUGGCCCAACUACUAUAAUAAAGUACAUGACUGAUGGGGUGCUUUUGCGAGAAACACUGAAAGACUCUGAUCUUGACAAAUACAGAGUAAUUAUCAUGGAUGAAGCACAUGAGAGAUCACUUAGCACUGAUGUUCUAUUUGGAAUACUUAAAAAAGUAGUUGCUAGGCGCCGUGAUUUCAAGCUCAUUGUCACGUCUGCGACUUUGAAUGCUCAAAAGUUCUCCAAUUUCUUUGGAAGUGUUCCAAUUUUCUACAUUCCUGGAAGGACCUUUCCGGUGGAUAUUCAGUUCAGCAAAACACCCUGUGAAGACUAUGUUGAUGCUGCAGUUAAGCAGGCUAUGGCCAUACACAUCACUAGCCCUCCUGGUGACAUCCUCAUCUUUAUGACAGGGCAGGAUGAGAUUGAAGCUGCAUGCUAUGCUCUUGCUGAACGAAUGGAGCAACUCAUUGCUUCUGCAAGCAAAGAAGUCCCAAAACUUUUGAUAUUACCAAUCUAUUCUCAGUUGCCAGCUGAUCUGCAAGCCAAGAUAUUCCAGAAAGCAGAAGGCAAUGCUCGGAAAUGCAUUGUGGCAACCAACAUUGCAGAGACAUCACUUACAGUGGACGGUAUCUUCUAUGUGAUAGAUACAGGUUAUGGUAAAAUGAAGGUCUACAAUCCUAGAAUGGGUAUGGAUGCUCUUCAAGUCUUUCCAGUUAGUCGUGCAGCUGCUGACCAACGAGCUGGUCGUGCUGGAAGGACUGGUCCUGGUAAAUGCUAUCGCUUAUUUACUGAAUCAGCCUAUCAAAAUGAAAUGCUUCCUAAUCCUGUCCCAGAGAUCCAACGAACAAAUCUAGGGAAUGUGGUCUUGCUGUUGAAAUCUUUGAAAAUUGAAAAUCUUUUGGAUUUUGACUUCAUGGAUCCACCGCCACAAGAAAACAUCCUCAAUUCUAUGUACCAGCUAUGGGUUUUGGCUGCCUUGAACAAUGUUGGUAGUCUUACUGAUAUUGGUUGGAAGAUGGUUGAAUUCCCUUUGGAUCCGCCCCUUGCCAAAAUGUUAUUGAUGGGCGAGCAGUUGGAAUGCAUUAAUGAGGUUUUAACAAUUGUUUCUAUGCUUUCGGUGCCUUCUGUUUUCUUCCGACCAAAGGACCGAGCAGAGGAAAGUGAUGCAGCCAGGGAAAAGUUUUUCGUUCCAGAGUCUGACCACUUGACCCUUCUCAAUGUAUAUCAACAAUGGAAAGCAAAUCAAUACCGUGGAGAUUGGUGUAAUGAUCACUUCUUGCAUGUAAAGGGUCUUCGAAAGGCAAGGGAAGUCAGAUCUCAGUUACUAGACAUACUCAAGCAAUUGAAGAUUCCCUUGACUUCAUGCGGAUUGGACUGGGACAUAAUCAGAAAGGCAAUCUGUUCUGCAUAUUUCCACAAUUCUGCCAGACUGAAAGGUGUGGGUGAGUAUGUGAAUUGCCGAAAUGGUAUGCCAUGUCAUCUUCAUCCCAGCAGUGCCCUCUAUGGGCUCGGAUACACUCCAGAUUAUGUGGUUUAUCAUGAGCUUGUGCUGACUACCAAGGAGUAUAUGCAAUGUGUGACUGCAGUUGAGCCACAUUGGCUGGCUGAGUUAGGACCGAUGUUUUUCUCUGUAAAAGAGUCUGAUACAUCUAUGCUCGAUCACAAGAAGAAACAAAAGGAAGAGAAGACUGCAAUGGAGGAGGAAAUGGAGAAUCUUAGGAAAGAACAGGCUGAAGCUGAGAAAUUGAACAAGGAGAAAGAACGAGAAAAGCAAGCUAAGCAGCAGCAACAAGUCGCAAUGCCAGGAUUGCGGAAAGGCACUUCAACAUAUAUCAGACCCAAGAAAAUGGGUUUGUAAAUUGUAUUUUUAUCUUUCUACAUCAUUUUGUAAUCUCUAUCAGUGAUGCAUAUGUGCCUUCCUUGUAGAUGUUUAGUUAUGCCACAAUUGUAGAUGUUUGUCCAUGGUGUUGUACUGUACUUCAACGUUGAUAGUUUAUUUUCAAUUAAUGAAGGCUGAUGAUACGAAACUGCAGAUUUGGUAA